AUGUCGCGCUAUGGGUCCAAUCUCACACCCAGUGCUCCAUCAACAGGUUCUAGAUUUGGGGGGAAACUUCAGCGAUCACGGUCAAGACGAGAACCUUCAGGCGUCUUUACGCUGUUUCAACCGGCUCAAGUUCAGCAAUUCCGCGAAGCGUUUUCACUGAUCGAUCAGGAUGGUGAUGGGAUCAUCUCCGAAGAGGAUCUGAAACGUAUCUUUGUUAGUCUUGGCAUGCCAGCGUCCAGGGAUAAACUAAGCGAGCUACUGUCUUCUCGUCCCGGCGGACAGAUUGACAAAUCCGGGGAAGGGGUCAACUUCAUGGAGUUCCUCACGAUGAUGGGAGAGCAUCUGUUCGAGUUUGAUGGCGAAGCCGAGCUCAUCGAAGCCUUUGAGAGCUUUGAUGAAGGAGACACCGGCUUUGUCAAGAGUGACGAGAUGCGUCGAUGGCUUUCAGAGGUUGGCGAGCGAAUGGAACCUGAAGAGAUUGACAGAUUCCUCAAAGGUCCCUUUACCGAUCGACAGGGCAACUUCAAUUACCGAGAAUGGGUCAAAGUGUUGCGAAUCAACGCCGACGACGAGCAACAGCAACAACAGCACUAG